CGCUAGCCUAUCUGAAUAUUUCCUCUCUCCUGCGUCCUUUUUUCUCUCUCAAACAACUGGAAUAAAUGGACAUUAACCCGGCCCCUCCGAUGGAUUAACUGCCCGUGAUUUCUUUUUUUUUUAUACGCCGUUUUCAGUCAACAUCAGAAACAUGGGGAACUCCAUGGGUUGUGUCAGGCCUACCCAGGAGGGGGAGCUCAGUGGAGCCCCACCACUUUCACCAAAGAAGCGUCUACGUUUCAGACGUAAGCACAAGGGCAAGAAGAACAGGAAAGGAGAGUUGGAACACGAGGACUUUGAGCGACAAAGAAGCAAUGAGCCCGAUGAAAGGGAGGAAGAGGAUGAAGACGACGAGGAAAAGGCUGCAGUUACUGAAACAGCGGAUUCAGACUUCAGCAGCAGAGCUAGGACUCUUAUACCAGUGCCUGAUACCCAGUUGAUUCAUUCCAAAACUAAUCUGCACAGCAAUACUCUUUCCCCCGGCUCCCUGAGUACCAAUGUUGGGGGUCUUUUAGGCAGCAGGAUACUUGAAGCAUCCCCCAAGCCCAGCCCAGCCUGGAGAGGUGUUUUCUGCCUACCAGGGGAGGAAGACACCGUUAGCGCCAUCAUAGACGUCUCCAGCAUCCCGAGCCAAACCACAACCACCACCCCAGUCAACACAGCCCCAGUCCUGGGCAGUACCACUCCAGGUGGAGGGAGGGUCUGUCGUGUCAGGGAGAAAGUCCAAGGGGUCCUAGAGAAACCCUGGAUACUCAAGAAGGACAAACAAAAGAAGGACAAAAAAGACAAGGGGAGGGUGGAAAGGGAGGAAAAGGGGGAAGUGGAGGUUAAAGGAGGAGCAGAAGGGACAAUAGGAGUGGUGCGGACACCUUCAGGGAGGGAGCGUAAAGGUGUUGUCCACAUCCGUGAGGUGGAUGGUAAACUCUGCGUGGUCAGGACAGUGUACCCCAGUGAUUUUGGCUCUCCAGUGUGGAGGGGCGAAAGCGACAGUGAGGUAGAUGUCUACAAAGAGCUCCCUGCCUCGUCUCCAGUCACAGGAAAUAUUCUAAAAGUCCAACUAUCGGAGGACGAUGAAAGACGGGCCGAAAUGUCAGGUGCAGGGGGUUUCCCCAUGUCCUCUAACCAAAUGCGCAUUCAGGAGGCGAUGAUCGUCAAGGGAUUUAGUUUGGACACUCCGGAUCGCGCGCCAAAGCAGUCUUCACUGCUGGAGUCGGGCUACGCGAGCGACCUGCCGCUGACCUCUCCAGAAACGGCGGGCACCACUCCCAGUCAGACAGACUGGGGAGGGCUGACCAGCAGUUCAUCAGAGAGGCUGGACUCCAUGAUAGAGAGUCCAAUGUCACUGCAGCAACAGGCGACUGUAAAAUACCUGCCACAGAUUUCAGAGAUCUAUGUGAGCGGCGAGUCGGGCGACCUCACUGCCAAAGAGAAGUUGUUAUUAUGGAGCCAGCAGGCGACAGAAGGCUACCCCGGCCUCCGCUGUGUCAACUUCACCUCCUCCUGGAGCGACGGACGCAUGUUCAACGCUCUGCUGCACAGAUACAGGCCAGACCUGAUCGACAUGGAGGUGGUGUCGCAGCAGAGUAACCGGGAGAACCUCGAGCAGGCCUUUGAGAUCGCCGAGUCGCUAGGGGUGACCAGACUGCUGGACGCUGAGGACGUCGAUGUUCCAUCUCCAGAUGAAAAGUCUGUUAUCACCUACGUUUCCUCCAUCUAUGAUGCCUUCCCCAAAAUCCCCGAGGGUGGAGAGGGCAUCUCUGCAAACGAGGUGGACCAGCGCUGGUCAGAGUACCAGUCCAGGUUCUCCUCUCUGCUCCAGUGGAGCCGCCAGCAUACGGCCCUCAUGGCCAACAAGAACUUCCCACAAAACCCUGUGGAACUGAAGGCACUUUACAACGAGUACGUCCAUUUCAAAGAGACGGAGAUCCCCGCGAAGGAGAACGAGAAAGGUCACAUUGAACAUCUCUACAAACUGCUGGAGGUGUGGAUAGAGUUCGGUCGUAUUAAGCUUCCUCAGGGCCUCCAUCCCAAUGACCUCGAGGAGGAUUGGGGCAAACUCAUCCUGGAGAUGCUGGAGAGGGAGAAGGCUCUACGGCCAGCUGUGGAGAGGCUGGAACUGCUGCUUCAGAGAGCCAAUAAGAUCCAGAACAUGGCUCUGGACUGUGAAGAGAAACUCACCCUUGCUAGGAACACACUCCAGGCGGACAUGUCUCGAGUGGAGAGUGGCGAGGCAGUGCAGUGCGAGAGAGAGCUGGCCUGCUACCUGCAGGACUGCGAGUCUCUCAUCAGACAGCUCAACCAGGAGCUCAAAGUCCUCCGAGAUGAGAAGUACUACCAGGUGGAGCAGCUGGCGUUCAGAGUGUCCUGCCUUCAAGAGGAGCUGGUCUCCCUCAGACUGCAGUGCUCCAGCGUUUACAGGAAAGGCCACUUCUCCCAGGCCUUGGGCAGCACGGGGCCAGAGCACACCAGCCACAGAGGCACAGACAGUGGCCUGACACUGGGGCAGACACUGCUGGGAGCUGUGGGCGCCGUAGGAGCAGUCGGCGCCGCGCUCCUGAGGCGACCGAUGGCUCGCUCCCAGCUGGUGGCCAUGUCCUCAUCAGAGGACGAAGGAAGCCUGAGGUUUAUCUACGAGCUGCUCGGAUGGGUGGAGGAGACGCAGGAUCUUUUGGAGCGUGCUGAAUGGGGAGCAGACCUUCCCUCCGUAGAAAACAACCUUCAAGAGCACAACACCAUACACACUGCAGUCGAAGAGCUAAUGAGCAGCCUACAGGAAGCACGCAGCUAUGAGGCUAAAGUUUCUCCCAACUUCAAGAGCAAUUACUCUGAAACACUGGCCAAGCUGGAGCACCAAUACUGCAAACUUCUGGAACAUUCGUCAUGGCGCCUGCGGAGCUUGGAGAGCCUGCACGCCUUUGUGUCGCACUGCACCGAGGAGCUGAUCUGGCUCAACGAGAGGGAGGAGGAGGAGAUCGCCUUCGACUGGAGCGACAACAACCCCAACAUGAACGCCAAGAGAGAAUUACACAGUGAAAUGAGGUUAGAGCUGGAUGAAAAACAAGAAGUGAUGCAUUCACUGCAGGAAACGGCCAAUCGUCUGUGUCAGGAGAACCAUCCAGCCAAACAGACGGUCGAGGCUUACAGUGCGGCACUGCAGACUCAGUGGCAGUGGGUGAAACAGCUGUGUGUGUGUGUGGAGCAGCAUCUCAAAGAUAACACGGCGUACUUCCAGUUUACGAGUGACGCUCGGGACUGUGAGUCGUACCUGCGACAGCUCCAGGAAACCAUCAAGAGACAAUACACGUGUGACAAGAACAGCAGGCUGAGCAAACUCGAAGACCUGCUGCAGGACUCGAUGGAGGAGAAGGAGCAGCUGAUCGAGUACCGGAGUACGGUGGCGAGCCUGGUGGGCCGGGCCAAGACGGUGGUGCAGCUUCGCCCUCGCAGCGCGGAGAGCACGCUGGGUACUACAACACCCAUCAAAGCCAUCUGUGACUACAGACAGAUAGAGACAAACGUUCAGAUCACGAUAAGCCGAGGCGAGGAGUGUGUGCUCGAGGAUAACUCUCAGAGAACCAAGUGGAAGGUGAUCAGUCCGAUGGGGAACGAAGCCAUGGUCCCCUCUGUGUGUUUCACCGUGCCGCCUCCAAACCAGGAAGCCAUCGACACAGCGAGCAGGGCAGAGCAGUUGUACCAGAAGGUCAUGUCUCUGUGGCAUCAGCUGCAUAUAAACAUGAAGAGUGUGGUAUCCUGGCACUACCUGCUCAAAGACAUCAGGAGCGUCUCCGGAUGGAACCUGGACACGGUUCGUUGUCAGUCUCCGGCGGAGCGGCAGCAGGUCCUGGAUCACCUGGAGUCCCAGUUGGCCGACUUCCUGUCCGACAGCAAAGAGAGCGCUCUGUUCACGCCGGGCGAAAGACGAGAGCUGGAGAAGGACGUUCAGCAGGCCCAGCAGCACUGCCAGGACCUGCUGCUUAACAUGGAGACUGUGGAGAAGGAUGAGUCAGUCUCUCGUUCAUACCUGUCGGAGCUGCAGAACAUCACCCUGCGCCUAAACGACGCCGAGCAGAGACUGAUGAGGGGGAUAGAGACUCCGCCCUCCAGCCGGCAGUCAGGUGACAGCGCCGACAAAGCUGUCCAGAUUGCAGAGCAAGAGAAGCUGCAGUCGGAGCUUGACGCCCUGCGCUCCACUUUGGGCGACGUGUCUCGUCGCUGCGUCACCUUCUUUGAGGAGAAGCCGACAUCGUCCAGCGUUCCCGCCCUCCGCUCCGAACUCAAUCAGGCUGUGGAAAAGAUAGACAAACUGCACAACCUCUCGUCCGUCUACCUGGAAAAGUUAAAAACUGUAGACGUCCUGAUCCGUAGCCUGGAUGACGCAGAGAGCCAGGUCAGGAAGAACGAGAGCAGACUCAGUGAAGAAGAUAUUGUUCCUGCUGACACGACAGCCAUUCAAAACCUCAGAGAUCAGCUUGAGAAGUGGCAGGCCGAGCUCGCCGACCAGGACGAGAUCUUUCAGUCUCUGCAGUCGGAGGUACGCCGAGCCAAAGAGGCGGGCUCUCAGCUCAGAAGGCUCCACCCAGACCGCAGCCCCGAGCUGGAACGCUACCAGGAGAAAGCCAAUCAGAUGGUGGAGAGGUGGAACGGAAUCAAGAGACAGAUGGAGACACGACGGUCUGAUCUGGACGCUCUUGGCUCGGCCCUGCAGCAGUACAGAGACGGUCACUCUGCUCUGAUCAAGUGGAUCGAAGAAACGACAGAAAGACAAGAGAACACACAACCCGGACAGACGGACAGCAAAGCGCUGUCUGAACAGCUGGCCCAGCAGACGGCAUUAGUAGUUGAGAUCGAACGAAACCAGACCAAACUAGACGAGUGCCAGACUCACUCCAAACAGUACUGCACCUCAGUGAAGGAUUAUGAACUGCAGCUGAUGACCUACAGAGCGUUUGUAGAGUCGACACAGAAGUCACCUGUCAAGAGACGGAGGAUGCACUCUUCUUCUGACGCCAUCACUCAGGAGUUCAUGGACUUGCGCACUCGCUACACGGCUUUGGUCACCUUGACAACCCAGCAUGUAAAAUACAUCAGCGAUGCACUGAGAAGACUAGAAGAAGAAGAGAAAGAGGUGGAGGAGGAGAAGCAGGCCAGAGUGGGUCAGGUGUCAGAUCUGCUGGGCUGGGUCAAAGGCCUCCAGGGACGGACCGGGGGACCCAACGCUGAGUCUUCACUUGCUGCGCAACAGGCCAUCAGUGAACAGCUCGCAGCCAAGAAGGACGAGGUGGCUGAAGCCAUAAGGAGCACACAGGUCUUCCUGCUUUCCAAACAGGCCAGCAAACUGUCCCCGGAGGAGCGCGGCAACGUCGAGGCUCAGCUGGACGAGCUGACGGCCACCUACAGCCAGCUGUGCGACAGCUCCACCCAGCAGCUGCAGCAGCUGGAGCAUCAACUGGCCAAAGAGGAGGAAAGAAAGAACCACAUUGCCAUUGCCGGAGUAAUCGACUUGGGAACGGUGGAAACAUUCCCAGUAUUCAAAGCAGCCCAGCGUGGUCUUAUAGACCAGGACACCUGCCGUGUGCUACUGGAGGCCCAGCUCAUCAUGGGUGGGCUCCUCCAGCCUGAUUCCCCUCUCAAUCUUUCACUGGAACAAGGUCUAGCUCAAGGUCUCAUCGACACCCAUACCAGACAGGCCCUCGCUGAGCUAGAGAGUGCCUUGCUUUUGGUGGAAGAUUCUACAGAUGACCAACAACAAAAUGUGCUGCCAGUAGCUACAGCCAUGGAGCUCAGGCUCAUCAGAGAGGAGGUGGGACUUCGUGUUUUAGAACUCCAGAUGAACAUUGGAGGCUUGAGAGACUCGACAGGAAAAAUUAUGAGUAUGGAGCAAGCAGACAACAAGAGACUCUUGACUCCCAGAACGCUCACCAAACUCCAGUCAAGGCUUCAACACAGAGAGCUGAUCGAUCCAAACACAGCUGAAAAAUUAAACCUACAUGAGCUACAACAGCGCUGUGUCCUCGACAAUGACUCAGGUCUCCUCCUCCUCCCUGUCAAACAACAACCCGGAGGAACUGUCUGCCUGCGGUCUGGAAGGAAAGUCGGCAUCUUCCGUGCAGUCCAGGAAGGCCUGAUUGAUCGGAAAGUUACUGUACGACUUCUCGAAGCUCAGCUCUUUGCCGGUGGUAUUGCUGACCCACGAUCUGGCCACCGGCUGACAGUUGAUGAGGCAGUUCGUCAUGGGCUUAUGGACCAGGAUCUAGCCUGUGCUAUGUUAGCGCGACAGCUGCAAAAUGGUGGGAUUUUAGACCCUUUUAGUGGAGAACGCCUGGAUUUGGAAGAGAGUAUUCGCAGGGAUCUUCUCUCCUCUCGUUUGGCUGUGUUAGUCCUUGAGUCUCUUUGGGCAUUCAUGGGAAUACUCUGGCCUGAAUCUGGAGAACUCCUGCCAAUUGUUGAGGCUCUUCAACAAGGAGUGAUCUCAGGAGAGCUAUCAAGGAAUAUCCUAAGACAGCGACAUGCCAUUGGGGCUCUGUACAACCCAGAAACCCUCCAGGUUCUGCCGUUGAAUGAGGAUGCUGAAGAGGCUCUUGAGCCCUGUGUAGUCAGCUUUCUUAAAGACAUUCAUAUUCCAGAUGUUCUUUCCAGCAUGAACCAGUCAGGUACUCCAUCUCUAAACCGCUUGAGCUGGGGUUCCACCAGCUCCUCUCCACCUCCAUCCUCUCCACCACCUUCAUCAUCUCCUGAAGCCCUUGUCUGGGAUGCUACGCCAACACAUGGAAUGGAUCCCGAAGAACAAGCAAAGCACAAGCUCCUGUUUCACCUCAUGACUCAUAGCUAUGUGGAUGCUCAUUCUGGAAAACGAUUGGUGCUGCUCGACCCUGAGUUGGUGGAGUUGGUCAAAGCUACUGUACUGGUUGCUGGAGACUCUGUAGAGGGAAGUAAAGUUGAGCCACAAAGCUGUUUCACUACAGCUGAGCAGGAAGAGUUGGAAAUGGUGAGGCAGUCUAGUUUGACAGAUGAAGUUGAAGAUGAAGAAGGUUCGAAUGUAGUCACACCAAGCAAAGAAUUUGAGAUGAAUGGCACAGGCAGUCUAGAAGGAGAAAAUGUCAACAAAUUGUUGCCUGAACCAGCAGUAACUGUAGAAAGUGAAAAGCUCAAAGUAAAAGCUCUAAAGAAAGAAAGAUUUAGUCUUGAAAGUGCAGAGGCUUCAGCUAAAAAUCUUGAAGGGGAAAGAACAUUGGUUUUUACAAGAGAACCAGAUGAGCUGGUAGUAACUGAAUCCAAACCCAAAGAUAGUGGUGUUCAAGAGUCUAGAAAUACCACCGUAACAGUCGAUAGAAAAAUAGUCACAGCACCGCUUAAAUCAGAGGGAUAUUUUGGAUUGUUGAAAGAACCCACCCCCUUAGAAGCAAAAACAAAGGAAGAUGAUAAUUCAACACAAUUUGAUGACAAGAAAGAUGAAAAGUAUUCCCAGACUGAAUCAGAAAGAAUCAAACAAAAGGUGUCCAUGACAGAGACUGACUCAAAGCAUGCUAAACCUCAGGUUAAUAUCCCUGACUCAGCAGUGGAGCAGGAAGAGGAGGCAGCUGAAUUAGCUAGUUUAGUCCUAGAACUCAAACAAGGGGGUCUGAUGACAGAAGAAGGGGAAAAGCUGCUCCCAGAUGAGGCAGUAGCUCAGGGUGUCCUUCCCGGCCACACAGCAGUUAAAUUAAUGGCUCAGGCAAGUCUGUUUGGGGGUUUCCUAGAUGCCAACAGCGGUGAGUCACUUAGCAUGGAGGAUGUUAUGCAGGAGGGUUUACUCGAUGAAGAUCUAAUGUGGAGUGUCCUGAAAUCAGAUAAAACCCUUGCUGGGGUUGUGGAUGCAGAGAAAAGGCAGAUCUGUGGUGUAAAGGAGGCAGCUCAGGCGGGGUUGAUUGACUCUAACACUGCUGCUCGACUUCUGGAAGCCCAGGUGGUGUCUGGGGGGAUUGUUGACCUACGUAGAGAUAAGAAAGUAUCUGUUACUCUAGCAGAAAACCUGGGACUGAUUGAGGAGGAUCAACGAGAAGAAUUUGUGGCACUAGAGAAAGCAUAUAAAGGAAAGGAUACAGAUCCAUCAACAUCCUUUACUAAAGCCAGUUUACAGCUACAGAUGGAAGGUGUUGUUGACCCAGAGUCCAAGUCUCCAGUUCCUCUGGAGCAAGCAAUUCAGAAAGGAUUGAUUAGGUCUGAUGAAGCUUAUCAGGUGCUGGCGAGGCAGGUGGCUGAGGGUGGUAUAAUACAUCAUGCUUCAGGGAUGAGGUUGUCAGUUUCUGAUGCUGUUGAUAGAGGACUAGUGGAUCGAUCCAUUGCUCCUGGGCUGGAGGAACUAGAGUGGGUCUACCAAGGGAAGGUCAGCCCUUCAUCUCACCCAGAAGCUCUCACUUUCCAGGCAUCAACAGGAGCCAUUCUAGACCCUGACUCUGGGUGUAAACUGACAUUAACAGAGGCUGUUUCUAAGGGUCUUCUGGAUGAGAAUAUUGCCAGUGAAGCCAUGGCUUCUUCUGCUGUAACACAAGGAGUGCUUGACCCCCAAACUGCACGUAUCAUGCCUUAUUCAGAGCUUGUAAACCAGGGUAUGAUAGAUAUAGAAACAGGCAGACGCUUCUUGGAGGUGAAACCAUUCAGAGGUGUUCAGGAUGAGCAAACUGGAGACAUCUUGACCCUUCCGGAGGCAGUUGCAUCAAAGAAAGUUGACCCAAUCCCAGCAUUGAGGCUGCUCCAAAGCCAGGCAGACAGUGGAGGGAUCAUUGAUAUCAGAACUGGAGAAAGGCUGCCCCUAUCUGAGGCCUGCAAAAGAGGUUUAGUUGAAGACAACAUGGUCAGGGUAAUAGCCACCAACCAGUUUUUGAAAGGAGGCUUAGUAGAUCCUACCACUGGACAAAAAGUCUCUAGUCUUGAUGAUGCCACUGCAAAAGGACUGAUCUCCAGUGACAUAGCUUCAGAAAUUCAGGAGAAAUUGGCUUCUGUGGCGAUGGAGGAUGAUGAAGGUAGUGUUACACCUGUUGCCUCGUCAAAUGGUACAUACAGCCCCCCUGCUAUUAUAUUGUCAGUGUGCAGCUCAGACAGUCCAGCAAACUGGUCAGAUGUAAGCACUGAGGUGUCUUCAGGAUCUCCACUUUCAAACAAAGAUCUAGCAAUUACACAUGGCAGCGGAAAGACAAUGACAUCUGUAGAUGAUCAGUCACUGCUUUAUGGCACUGCUGCAGAGGAGGACAAAGUAGAACUGCCAGUGUCGGUGGAAGAAAAGGCUUUAAUAGAGCCGGACCAGUCCAUGGACCUCUUGUCUAAGUUUGCUACUAAUGUUGAGAAAAGAAUUCAGCAAGCUAUAGAAGAGAUAAUCCCACAGACAGAGCCUCUUCCUCUGCAGAAACCCGAUGAGAGACUUCAAACAAGUGAGGGGGAGACUGAUGAUAAACAAAAGGGGGAUGUUUUCAGAGAUUUUGUUGGAGAAUCCAUUAAGACACACGUCGAUGAUACUGACAAAGAUUCACAGGAAGAAAAAGAAGCUGCUAUUUUGAAGUCAGAUAGGGAAGCUGUGAGGGUCGAUAUGAAGGAGUGUAGACCCAGUGAUGAGAGCGCAUCAGUGUUUCAUCAUGAUACUGAAGGUGACAACCUGACAGGUUUUGUGGCAGCAGAAAUAACAGAUGACAGAGAAAGAAAAGACGGCGUUGAAUGGUCACAAUUGAGUGAAAAGGAUUAUAGAAAGAGCGAUGUUGCAGUACAGAGAGAUGAUGUUGUAGGUGACAAGGUUGAAAGAGUGGAGAAAGAGAAACCUGAGAUCAAAUCUAGCACUGACAUUGAUCAGCCUGACCAGUUAUCGACCUCGACAUCCAGUGUGAUGCAAAGCAAAAGCAAGAAAAAGAGGAAGAAUAAAAAGAACGGAAAGGGAAAGGAAGCAGACAGUGAAACACAACUACCAGAGAUAAAACAUCCAUCUCAUGCUGAUCAAGCCGAUGCACUUGUUGUAGGGCAGACUGAGGCUGUUGUUGUCACAGAUGAGCUUGAAUCACAAGACAAAUACGUGAAAUCACAGAUUCACAGUCAGAAAGUUUCCACAGAGCCUUCCAAUGGAGAAAGUGAAGCAAAGGUUGAGGAAAUUGAGGCUGAAAAUAAUUUGGUAAAACAAGGACAGGAAGCAGUUCAAACCGCUGUGGAAAUCACAGAACACACCACUGAGCCAGAGAAAGAUGCAAUAAAGAUUACAUUGUUGAAGGGUACAGGAAAGGGUGAAAAGAUCGAGGAGAUGAAACAGAAGGAGCAGAAAGAGAAAGAUGAAGAGAAGGCUUCUGUCUCUCAGCAACCAGAACAACCAGAGAGCAGUCAGGAGGUAAAGAAAAGGAAGCAGCAAGAACUGCCUCAGAAAUCUCCUCUACCAGAUGACGAGAAGGCGGCCUUGAUCCUGAAAGCCAAGGAGAGCAUCCUUAAAAAGGUGUUUGAAAAGGGAGUGAGCAAGAAGCAGACUGCCGAAGAGCUGCAGGCAUUACGCAACGAGGUGGGAAAGAAGGAGAGUCAAGGCACAACUGUCAAAGAGGCAAAGUCACAAACUCUGCCGGCUAAGUUAGAUAAAGUGAAGGGUCAUGAAGUCAAAGAGACGAGAGACAGGAGAACUGACGGUUCACCAAAAGAGAGAGAGGAAGAGAAGAGUGUCAAAGAAGACAAAUUGCCAAGGGUCAAAGAAGAUACAACUGUGGAGAAACUUUCUGUCAGUGAGAACAGAGAGACCAAACUGUUGGAGGCUUCUGCAAAUGAGAGUGUUGGAAAGGAAGACGUACAAAAGGACACUGAGACGGCUCGAUCAGUUCAGCCUAAAGAGACUCAGCAAAGUAAACGAAGUAGGAAAAACAAGAAGAACAAGGGUCCAAAAGUGACAGACAAAACUGAACCUGAUGCUAAGAAGUUACCAACUCCUGAAAAAGUGGAUUCUGAGGUGACAUCAACAGAAAUCAUCACAAAAUCUGAAACUGAAAAAACAGAUUUCGAUAGUUCAACCUCAGUGAAGGAGCAGUCGAUGGACAGACCUACUGAUGUUGAGUCACCCAGUGAAGUCAUCAGUCCUUCAGUUUGUGAUGAGGCAAACGAAGUGGAGACCUCUGUAAUUAUUGCUGAAGGAGCUCAGACCAGUCAACAGAGCCGGCCAUAUUUAGAAGAACCCAAUGCUCACAUUGAGCAAUCCGUACAAUCAACUGCGAUCACAGCUACUGCGAAAGAAGAAUCCCAUUCAGAAACCAACAAUGCUGGUGAACCCGUUGACUUUACUCAAGAGGCUGUCACACACAAACCAGAUAUCCAACAAACAGCUCAAUCUGUGGCUCCUGUCACACCAUCAGAUAAACCAGCAGGUAAAGGCAAAAAGAAGAAAAGACAACAAACACCUAAGGCUGAUGGUAGCAGCGACCAGCCACAUCUCGAGUCUUCAGAAUCAGCAGAAGACGCUUCAACUGAGUCUGAAUCACCUGGAGUCCCUGAGUCUGAUACAGCCACAGAGAGCUGGGAAGAGGGAGAGGAUGGUGUCCGAGAGAGUCAAGAAAUUGUGUCAAACAAAGAAACUGCCAAGACCAGCAAGUCAUCUUUGAGGCGUCAGGAGUGCUUGGAGCAUGACCAGCAAAUUGUAGCCCUGGUCUCCAUGGUCAGACAUAUUGAGGUCCGACUCAAACAGCAGCAACAGCAGUCUGUUGGCCGCAGCCUCAUCGCCUUGGACGACAUCAUCAGACAGACUGAGGCUCUGGACCUCGAAUUGCAUGACUUGGAGCCUGCGAUCAGCAAGGAAGUGGAAGCUGCUGAGCAGCUGUUGAAGCCGCAACCUAAAGAUGUUCCUCCACAGCUCCUGUUGGCCCUGGAAAAGGACGGGCGGAGCUUGGCUCGAGGGUACGAGGCUGCCAGAACACUUUCUGAGGGCAUUCUGCAAAGUCUCCGAGACCAUAGAGACUCAUAUAAGGAGGCCGUAACAGCUGAGCAGAAAACACUGGGAGGACGAGUGGAUAGUCUGCUGUCCUGGCUGAGAGAGACAGAGACUCAGACGAAUGGAGGAAUGGCAGGGAUGGAAAAAAUGGAGACGGCAGAGAAAGAUGACAGCUGCGAUCAGCUCACACAGCAGCUGAGUCUUUGCAAGGAGCUCCAGUCCUCUCUGAUGGCUCGCUCCAACGAGGUCAACAGCGUGGCCUUUGACAUUCAGGUGUUCAUCUCCGAGCGAGCUCAGGACCUGGCACCCGAGCAGAGCAGGCAGCUUCUGGGGCAGCUGCAGCAGCUCCAGAGGGCCUUCCACCAAACGUCGGGUCAAGCCCAGGCCUGGGCCGACGCCCUCUCCGCCCAGAGAGAGAGGGAGGAGGAGAGGCAGCGCAGGGAGAGAGUGAAAGACGAGCAGAAGGAGAAAGAAAGGCAGAGAGCGAGGGAGAGAGAGGUGGUUCAGCAGCAGAAAGCCGAAUGCUCUCAGAAACUAGAAGGACUUUCCAUGUGGCUGGCUGGAGCUGCCAGCUUGCUCGCCAGCCAGAAAGCCGGAGCAGAGUCGGACGACGUGAACGUCUUGCAAGAGAAGCAGAAAAAACUAAAGGAAGUGCAAAAGGACCUCCAGACCAAACAGGAGGGCAUAGCCGAGGCGAUCCGCUCUGUGGAGGAGCUCCUGGCUGAAAGAAGAGAAAGUCUGAGCCCGGAGGAGAGGGAGAACCUCCAGGUGGCGCUAACACGGAUGAAGGAGCAGUACAGCGCUCUUACAGACUCAGCAAACACGUCGCUGUCGGAGUUGGACACCGCCAUCAACACCACCGUACAGCAGAACACACAAAGGGCAAAGGCUGAGGAGGACCUCCAGGAGACCAAAGGCCAGAUAGACUCCCUGCUGAAAGAGUUGUCCUCCCUCAGCCCACCAGGCGGCAGAGGAGUUGCAUCUGUGGUCAAAGAUGUUGCUGAUUCACCGUUCUCACAGCCAGAGGGCGCUGUGGCGUCGCACACCGAGAUGCUGCAGGCCGAGCUUCAGCAGCUUCAGGCUCAACAGGCGCAGUUACUCCAGAUCACACAGGCGACUCGCUCCCUUCUGGAACAACCCGACUCCACCGUUCCUCCUGAGGAGAAGCAGCGUCUCCGGGCUGCUCUGGAUCAGCUGCAGGCCCAGCACCAGGACAAGCUGCAGAGCUGCCAGGACCGCCUGAGAAAGUCUGAGUCUCUGAAGGAUGAGCUCACAAAGUUCCUCCAGGAACACGGAAGUUUAGGCGCCUGGCUGGAGCAAAGUGAACAGGAGCUCCGUUCCCUCGGGGAAGGAGAAACCGACGCACAAGGACUGAAGGGCAGGCUGGAGGAGCACAGAAAGCUGGGCGAGGAUGUAAUCUGCCACAAGGCGGACCUACGCUUUGUGUCAAUCUCGGGUCAGAAGGUUCUGGACUCUGUUCAAGGAGCUCUGGAGCAAGUCGGCGGUUCAGAUCCAGCAAUGGAGAGCACCAAGCAGCUGGUGACUGACAAGCUGCAGGACGCUAACCACAGAUACACAACCCUGCACACCAAGUCGACAGAGUUGGGCAGCCGAUUGUCCGGCCUGUUGGAGCGGUACCAGCAGUACCAGGAUGAGGUCGUCUCCCUCCACUCCUGGCUCAGCACUCAGGAACAGAACCAAAGCAUAGCCAAGCCCACUGGAGAGACGGACCCCCAGAACCUGCAGAACACACUACGACAAGUACAGCUGCUGCAGGACGAGCUGGCUGAGCGCUCAGUGCAGCUGGAGAAGGUGAAAAGAGCCGGAAGAGAUCUGGUCAGCACAGACGAGUCUCCUUCCCUGAAAGCUGUUGACAUCCUCUGUGCUGCAGACGGUUUAGAGAAGAGGUUUGGCUCGCUCUCUGCGUCCGUGUCAGAACGGGCCGAGCAGCUGCAGACAGCUGUGGCCCAGUCGGUCAGUGUCCAGGAGGGCCUGAACGGUCUGCUGAGCUGGCUGGACAAGCUGGUUCUGAACCCUGUACCAGUCGAACCCACCGCACAGGCCGUACAAGACGCCCUGACCCAGAACCAGAAACUUCGCCAGGAGCUGCUGUCCAGGCAAGGCAGCGUGGAAGCAACACGAGACUCCGUUUCCAAACUCCUCCAGAGUUCUGACGCCUCCACAGCUUCUGGCCUCCAGGGUGCUUUAGAUGAAUUGACUCAGCGCUACACCGCAGCACAGGCUAGCCAGGCCGAGAAGGAGGCCGAGCUCAAGGGGCUGCUGCCCAAGCUCGAGAGCUACGAGCGGCUCGGGACCGACCUCCAGGUCUUCACCCAGAGCCGACUAAAGGCUCUGAGCCUUGCGGGCCAGCCAGACCGCGGCGUGGACGACUACAGGCAGACCAUUGAGGAGGUCAGGUCCGAGCUGGAGCAGGAAGCCGGCCAGCUGAAAUCCUUCUGCAACCUCGGCACCGAGCUGAGCCAAUCGAAAGCUUUCAGCAACACUCAGAGCUUAUUGGAUAAUGUCAAAGGGGUGUCUGACGAGUUCACGCAACUGGAAGCUAAUGUCAACGAAAGAUUUGCUGCCAUCCAGGCCUGCGAGCAGCAGCUGCUCCAGUUCCGCGGCCUCUCUGGUUCCCUCGUCAGGUGGCUUCAGACAGCACAGGACCAGCUGCCGUCCAAAGAGGCCAACCUCAACACGGAGGGCCUGCAGAGAAGAGUGCAGCAGCUCACGGACUUGUUGAACGACUGGGAGUCGCAGCAGUCGCGGGUCCAGGAGCUGAACAAGACCGGCUCUGAGCUGGAGUCCCUCAUCAUCGACAUCACCGCUCCCCAGACUAAAACUGGUGCUCCUCAAAUCAAUGGCUCAUCAGGUCCCAGCAGUGUCAAUGGCAUUCACACCUGUAAAGACCUGACAGAGCUCCAGGUAGCUGUAUCUGAUGUGAACACUCGAUACGAGGCGCUUGGCGGGGAGUUGAAGGACCGUCUCGCUCGCCAGCAGGCCUCACUGGAGCUCAGGCAGAAGGCCAAGCAGGGCACGGAGGAGCUCAAGAACUGGCUGACAGACAGAGAGCACAGUCUGAAACAGGGCCAGACCGCCUCCCCAUCCAGACCUGAGGUGGUACGCGCCCAAGCCCAGGAGAACAAGGCUCUGCUUUCAGAGCUGGCUGAACACUCCGGGAAGGUUGAGGAGCUGAAGAGCUCACUGAGGAAGCUGAUCGCUGACAACCCUGAUUCUCCCGAGGCUGACAGCUGGAGGCAGCAGCUGCAAGAGAUAGACUCCCGCUGGCAGACGGCCAAUCAGACUGCAGCCCAGAGGCAGACUGAGCUGGAGACGUGUGCCGAUAGGCUGGGCAGCUUUGCCUCGGCGGCCAAUCAGCUGGGCCCGUGGCUGAGGGAGAAGGAGCUGAUGAUGAGCGUCCUGGGACCGCUGAGCAUCGACCCGAACAUGCUCAACACACAGAAACAACAAGUACAGUUUAUGCUGCGUGAGUUUGAGACCAGGCGGCCACAGUUUGACCAGCUCACCCAGUCUGCCGAGGGAAUCCUCUCCCAGACUGGUGACUCUGCUCAGGACCCCAAGGAUCUGGCCGAGGUGCGCGCUGAGCUGGGCUCCAUCUCCCAGCAGUGGGAGGACCUGACAAACCGGCUGAGUCAGAGGUCAAACCACAUUGACCAGGCCCAAGGAACCAGUGAACGAUACCAGGCCUUGCUCAGAGAGCUCUCCUCCAGUGUUUCUGCUCUGAGCGAGAGGCUGGACGCUCAGGCCUCGCUGAGCGCCCAGCCCGAGGCGCUCAAACGCCGCCUGCAGGAAACCGGAGAGAUCCGCUCCGAGCUGGAGAGACGGCGGACCGAGCUGGCCGAAGCCGAGAAGCUCUGCCAGGAGCUGAGCACCAUCGUGGCUGAACCGUACCUGAAGGAAGAGCUGAGUAAACGACUGGAGAGCGUCAGCGGGCCGCUGAAGAGUUUAGAGGAGCGUGCAGCUGACGGUCUGUCUCAGCUCCAGACCGCUCUGUCGUCCACCCAGCAGUUCCAGCAGAUGUUUGAGGAGUUGCGCUCCUGGCUGGACAAGCAGGCCGAUCCCAGAGACUCAUCCACCGACUCCCUGCCCUGUCAGCCCGAGGCCAUCCGCUCCCUGCUGGCACAGACGGCCGAACUCCAGCGCGGCAUCGCCAGUCAGCGAGGCUCCUACGAGCUGAUCCAAGCCGAAGGAGUGACGCUGCUCGCCACUCUGCCGGCGGGCGGAGACGAGCGGUCUGCCCUGCAGUCUCGCUUGGCCUCCUUGAGGCAGGACUGGGAGGGUCUGAACCAGAGAGUGUCAGAUCGAGAGAACAGACUGAAGACCACCUUGAGCAAAGCAGACACCUACCAGCAGCACAAGGCCGAGCUGACGCCAUGGGUAGCAGAGUGUGAGCAGAGAGACGGAGAUAUCCAGCCAUCACUGGACCCGUCGGCCCUGGAAGAGGCUCUGCAGAAGGCUCGAGGUCUGUCUCUGGACCUGGAAAGACGACAACCCCUCCUCGAGGCCUUCAACAGCGCAGCUGAUCAACUGCUGGAACAAUGCUGCAUCGGAGAGGAAGAGGUACGAGAUGAGAAGGCCCAGCUGAACCGCAGGGUGGACAAACUGGGCGAGAGGCUCCAUAACCGCACCUCCCAGCUGGAGGAGCUGGCCGGCCGCCUGAAGGAGUUUGAAGAGGGCAGACAGGCUGCAGAGAGGAGGCUCGAGGCCGCCAAGCACCAGAUUGAAGUGCAGGAGGCUCUGGGAGCACAGGCGUGCAGUGCUAAGAGCCUGGAGCGGCUGAGGAGUCAGCAGGAGAAUCUGAGGUCCCUGAAUCCUCAGGUGGUCUACCUCAGAGAUCUGGCCCAGGGGCUCGUACAGGACUCUCCGCAGACACCGGGAGGCAGCACUGAGGGGGCACAAAGGCUUCAGGAGCAGGCCAGAGAGACGGAGAAACAGUAUGAUGACGUUACUGAGAAGAUCGAGCAGUGCUGCUCCUCCCUCGAGUCCCGCCUGCAGGGUGUCGGCGAGGUCCAGUCUCAUGUCCGUGAUGUCUUCUCACGCCUCGCCGACCUCGACGACGAGCUUGACUCGCUCAGCCCCGUCGGACGUGACGCGGACUCCCUGGCCUCUCAGGCCGACGCCCUGAAGGGCUUCUUGUCCCGUCUGGCCAACCUCAGGUCGGAGCUGGAGGGUCACGCUUCGGAGUGCACCACCAUGCUGCGGCGAGAGGGCUCCUCCCCUGACCUGCUGGCUCUCAGGAGGGAGACGGAGGCGCUGAGCCGCCAAGCUGGCAAGCUGAGCGAGCGCGGCCAGGCCAGGCUGGACCAGAUCGAGGACGCCGCUGAGAAGGUCCGAGACUUUUACAGGCUGGUGUCCGAGCUGCAAGGCCUGCUGGGAAGGGCAGAAGAGGGGCUGAGCGCACAGGGCAUGGUCGGCACAGAGGUGGAGAUGAUCAAACAGCAACUGCAAGAGUUCAAGGCUGUGGAGAGAGAGCAGGUGGACAGCAUUCAGCCGAAGCUGCAGCACGUCAACGCUGUGGGUCAGGGUCUGAUCCAGAGCGCCGCCAAACACACCGACACCCAGGCGCUGGAGCACGACCUGGAGACCACCAACCUCUGCUGGAACUCACUCAACAAGCGGGUGGCGGAGCGGAUCGCCCAGCUGCAGGAGGCCUUGUUACACUGCGGAAAAUUCCAGGAUGCUCUGGAGCCGCUGCUGAGCUGGCUGAGCGACACGGAGGAGCUGGUGGCCAAUCAGAAACCUCCGUCUGCAGAGUACCGUGUGGUCAAGGCCCAGAUCCAGGAACAAAAGCUGCUGCAGAGGCUGUUGGACGAUCGCCGCCCGACCGUGGAGAUGAUCCGUGCCGAGGGCGCGAGGAUCGCAGCCACCGCGGACACUCAGGACCGAGAGAAAAUCCAGAGCCAGCUCCAGAGCCUGGCAGAGAGAUGGAGCGACCUGCUCGACAAAGCCGGUGGCAGGCAGAGGCAGUUGGAGGAGCUUCAGGUUUUGGCUCUUCAGUUCCACGAAGCCCUGGAGCCGCUGGGAGAAUGGCUGAGCGCCACGGAGAGACGCCUGAGCUCCGCCGAGCCCAUGGGAACCCAGACGGCCAAGAUCACCCAGCAGAUCACCAAGCACAAGGCGUUCCAAGACGACGUGUCCUUGCGCGACACCGAGGUCGCCCGCCUCGAGUCCCUCAGCCAGUCGCUGACCCCGCUCAGCUGCGCGGCCGAUCGGGACUGGUUGAGCGAGCGGGUCGGGGCGGUGAGGUCGGGUCACUCGGAACUUGCCGAUUGGUGCGAGAGGCGGGCGGGCCUGCUGGAGCAGGCGCUGGCUAAUGCUCAGCUGUUUGGGGAGGAUGAGGUAGAGGUGCUGAACUGGCUGGCGGAGGUGGCUCAGAGGCUGGCUCAGGUCUCCGUCCAGAGCUACCAGCCUCAGCUGCUGGCCGAGCUGCACAAACACACUCUGUCUCUAAACGAAGAGAUUUUGAGCAGGAAGAAGACGGUGGACCAAGCCAUCAAGAACGGACAAGCCUUACUCAAACAGACCACAGGCGAGGAGGUCCUCCUGAUCCAGGAGAAGCUGGACGGCAUCAAGUCUCGCUACGCCGAGAUGACGGCCGGCAGCAGCAAAGCCCUCCGCACCCUGGAGCAGGCGCUGCAGCUGGCCACGCGAUUCGCCAGCGCCCACGACGACCUCAACCAGUGGCUGGACGGCGUGGAGGCGGAGCUCAACAACGUGGAGCCUGACGCCACACCCACGUACCAGGAGAGACAGAAGGAGCUGAAGAAAGUGUCGGCAGAGAAGCGUCUGGUGUUGGACACGGUGAACGAGGUCGGCAGCGCCCUGCUCGAUCUGGUGCCGUGGCGAGCCCGCGAAGGCCUUGACCGUCUGGUCGCCGAUUCCAACCAGCGUUACCGCCAGUCUGAUGAAACCAUCACUCAGCGGGUGCAGCUGGUGCAAGCUGCCAUCCAGAGGUCGCAACAGUACGAGGAGGCCGUGGAUGCAGAGCUGGCCUGGGUCGGGGAGACGGAGCGUAAGUUGGCGUCUCUGGGGCCUCUGAGCCUGGAGCCUGAUGUGACAGUGGCUCAGCUGCAAGUGCAGAGGGCGUUCAACAUCGACAUCAUCCGCCACAAAGACACCGUGGAUCAGCUGCUCAGCACCAGAGACGACAUCCUGGAAACCUGCAGCGACGCCCAGAAGGACGCGCUGAUAGUGAAGACAGACUCUCUCAGCACUCGUUAUGAUACAGUCAGCCAGAGUCACAGCGAGCGGUUCUCCGCCCUGGAGCAGGCUCAGGUUUUGGUCGCUCGGUUCUGGGAGACCUACGAGGAGCUGGAGCCGUGGCUGGGCGAGACGGAAACUCUCAUCACCCAGCUGCCACCGCCGGCCAUCGACACAGACGCUCUGCGACUGCAACAGGACCAGAUGAGGCUCCUCAGGGAAUCCAUCGCGGAGCACAAGCCCCACAUCGACAAGCUGCUGAAGAUUGGACCUCAGCUGGCCGAGCUCAGCCUGCAGGAGGGGGCGACGGUGACGCAGCGCUACACCGAGGCCGAGAGACGCUACCUGGCCAUCAAAGAGGGGGUCAAAGGUCGUGCAACGUCCCUGGACGAGGCAGUGUCCCAGUCUGCACAGCUGGUAGAGUUUCACGACAAGAUGGACCCCCUGUUGGAGACCCUGGAGGGGGCAGUGCAGCGGCUGCGUCAGCCUCCCUCCGUGGCGGCGGAGGUGGAGAAGAUCAGGGAGCAGCUGGCGGAGCACCGAGCCCAGGGGCUGGAGCUGGACAAACUGCUGCCGAGCUUCUCCGCCCUGUGCGCCCGCGGAGAGGAGCUCAUCGGGCGGGCCGCUCACGACGAUCCCGCUGCUCAGGCCGUUCGUUCUCGCCUCCUGCGCCUGCGCUCCCUGUGGGACGAGAUCCGGCAGCGAGCCGAGGAGAGGGAGGGGAAGCUGAACGACGUCUUGGACCUGGCGGGGAAGUUCUGGGCCGACGUGGCCGCGCUACUGAGCACGCUCAGAGACUCCCAAGAUAUCGUGAAGGAGCUGGAGGACCCCGGCGUAGACCCCUCGCUCAUCAAACAACAGAUAGAGGCCGCUGAGGCCAUCAAGGCAGAGACGGACGGUCUGAGAGAGGAGCUGGAGUUUGUCAGGACCCUCGGAGCUGACCUCAUCUUCGCCUGCGGAGAAACUGAGAAACCCGAAGUCAAAAAGACCAUCGACGAGAUGAAUGCCGCCUGGGAAGGCCUGAACCGGACGUGGAGAGAGAGGAUGGAGAGGCUGGAGGAGGCCAUGACGGCGUCUGUGCAGUAUCAGGACGCUCUGCAGUCUAUGUUUGACUACCUGGACAACGCUGUGAUCAAGCUGUGCGACAUGUCGACUGUGGGAACUGACCUGGGAACUGUCAAACAGCAGAUUGAAGAGCUCAAGCAGUACAAGGUGGAGGUUUACCAGCAGCAGAUCGACAUGGAGAAGCUCUGCCACCAGGGGGAGCUGCUGUUGAAGAAGGUGUCCGAUCAGACAGACCGAGACAUGAUCCAGGAGCCUCUGACCGAGCUCCGACACCUCUGGGACAACCUGGGGGAUAAAAUCACCCAAAGACAGCACAAGCUGGAGGCUGCUCUACUGGCCCUGGGUCAGUUCCAGCAUGCCCUGUCUGAGCUGCAAGCCUGGCUGAACCACACACACACCACACUGGACACGCAGCGACCAGUCAGCUCUGACCCCAAGGCCAUCGAAAUCGAGCUGGCUAAACACCACGUUUUGCGUAAUGAUGUGCUAUCCCAUCAUGCCACGGUGGAGACUGUGAACAGUGCCGGCACUGAGCUGCUCGAGUCCUCUCCUGGUGACGAGGCCAGCCACCUGAGGGACCAGCUGGAUCAUCUCAACCAGAGCUGGCAGAGUCUACUGCUCAAGACGCAGGAGCGGCAGAAGCUGCUGGAGGCCGCCCUGCACCAGGCUGAAGGUUUCCAUGGCGAGCUGGAGGAGUUCCUCCAGUGGCUGAGGAGGACGGAGAGUCAGCUGUCAGCCGCCAAGCCGACAGGCGGCCUCCCUGAAACAGCCAGGGAGCAGCUACAGCAACACAUGGAGCUUCAGGCUCAGCUCGCUCAGCGCGGAGACCAGUACCACCGCCUGCUGGAUCAAGGAGAGUCCAUGCUGCUGGCUCGUGGAGGAGAGGAAGCAGGACCCGGCACCACCCAGACCCAGCAGAACUUGGGCAUGCUGCAGAACAAAUGGGCCAGCCUCAACACCAAGAUGGACGACCGCAGGGCAAAGCUGGAGGAGGCUGUUUCCUUGGCAACAGGUUUCCAGACAUCUCUGCAAGACACCAUCAACUGGCUGACCCAAGCUGAACAGACCCUGAACAUGGCCCAACCCCCGAGCCUCAUACUGGACACUGUCCUCUUCCAGAUCGAUGAGCACAAGGUAUUCGUGAAUGAGGUGAACACCCACAGAGAGCAGGUCCUGGCUCUGGAGAAGGCCGGAUCUCAGCUUCGCUUUGCCAGCUUGAAGCAGGACGUCGUUCUCAUCAAAAACCUGCUGCUCAGCGUCCAAGCUCGCUGGGACAAGCUGGUCCAGAGGUCACUGGACCGCGGAAGACACCUCGAUGAGGCCCGCAAACGUGCCAAACAGUUCCACGAGGCCUGGAGGAAGCUGACAGACUGGCUGGAAGAAGCUGAGAAAAGACUGGACUCAGAGCUGGAGAUCUCCAACGAGCCAGACAAGAUCAAGGUCCAACUGGCCAAACACAAGGAGUUCCAGAAAGCGUUGGGUUCGAAGCAGCCGGUUUAUGACACCACCGUGAGGUCUGGGAAGGCCAUGAGGGACAAAGCUCAGCUGCCUGCAGACACCCAGAAACUGGACCACCUGGUGGGAGAAGUCCGAGACAAGUGGGACACUGUCUGUGGCAAGAGCGUCGAGAGACAACACAAGCUGGAGGAGGCUCUGCUGUUCUCCGGCCAGUUCGCAGAGGCUCUGCAGGCCUUGGUGGACUGGUUGUACCGGGUAGAGCCUCAGCUGGCUGAAGACCAACCCGUCCAUGGAGAUCUGGAUUUGGUGUCCAACCUCAUGGACUCACAUAAGGCGUUCCAAAAGGAGCUCGGUAAGAGAACCGGCAGCGUUCAGGCUCUGAAGCGCUCAGCUCGGGACCUGAUGGAUACCGGCCGCGAUGACACAGCGUGGGUCAAAGUUCAGCUUCAGGAGCUCAGCAACCGCUGGGAUACGGUGUGCGCCUUGUCAGUCACAAAGCAGACCCGCCUCCAGUUGGCCCUCAAACAGGCGGAGGAGUUUCGCACGGCGGUGCAGGUGCUCCUGGAGUGGCUCUCCGAGGCGGAGCAGACGCUUCGUUUCCGCGGCGUCCUUCCCGAAGAGGCAGAGACUCUGCAGACGCUGCUGCACACACAUCGUGACUUCAUGGGCACCGUGGAGGAGAAGAGAACGGACGUCAACAAGGCCGCUGGCAUGGGAGAGGGCAUCCUGACUGUCUGUCACCCCGACUCCAUCACCACCAUCAAACACUGGAUCACCAUCAUCAGGGCGCGCUUCGAGGAGGUGCUGACGUGGGCCAAACAGCACGAGCAGCGUCUGGAGACGGCUCUGACCGAGGUGCUUAACAACGCCAACCUGCUGGAGGAGCUGUUGUCGUGGCUACAGUGGGCCGAGACCACAUUGGUCCAGAGAGACACUGAGCCGCUUCCUCAGGACAUCCCACAACUCAAAACACUCAUCACAGAACACCAGAUGUUUAUGGAGGAGAUGACGAGGAAACAGCCAGAUGUCGACAAAGUGACGAAGACCUACAAAAGGAAACCAGCUGAGGCUCCCAGCAGCCUGGCUGAGAGGCGAGGAGCUCGCAAACACCAGCAGCAGCAGCAGCAGCAGGCGGCCAUGCAGGUCUCUGGAGGGAACCCGCGACUCAACCAGCUCUGCGCCAGGUGGCAACAAGUUUGGCUGCUGGCUCUCGACCGCCAGCGCAAACUCAACGACGGCCUGGACAGACUGGAGGAGCUCAAAGAGUUCGCCAACUUUGACUUCGACGUGUGGAGGAAGAAGUACAUGCGCUGGAUGAACCACAAGAAGUCUCGCGUCAUGGACUUCUUCAGACGCAUCGACAAGGACCAAGACGGAAAGAUCACACGGCAGGAGUUCAUCGACGGCAUCCUCGCAUCGAAGUUUCCAACCAGUAAGCUGGAGAUGACAGCAGUGGCAGACAUCUUUGACAGAGACGGAGACGGUUACAUCGACUACUACGAGUUCGUGGCCGCUCUGCACCCCAACAAGGACGCCUACAGACCGACCACGGACGCCGAUAAGAUAGAAGACGAGGUGACUCGGCAGGUGGCUCAGUGUAAAUGUGCCAAGAGGUUCCAGGUGGAGCAGAUAGGAGAGAACAAAUACCGGUUCUUCCUCGGAAACCAGUUCGGCGACUCUCAGCAGCUGCGUCUGGUGAGGAUUCUGCGCAGCACGGUGAUGGUGAGAGUCGGAGGUGGUUGGAUGGCUCUGGACGAGUUCCUGGUCAAAAAUGAUCCGUGCAGAGUGCAACAUCCAGGACUUAAGAUUCUCCGCUCCGAUUCCAGUAGCUCCAUCUCAUCUCGUAUAGUGACAGUCACUCCUGGCUAUUUCUGCUGUCGAGCUCGCGGCCGCACCAACCUGGAGCUGAGGGAGAAGUUCAUCCUCCCUGAAGGAGCGUCUCAGGGUCUGGCUGCCUUCCGCUCCCGGGGUCGACGCUCCAAACCCGGCUCCCGCAACGCCUCGCCCACCCGCUCCUCCUCCUCGGCCUCCCACAGCGGCGCCUCCCUCCCCUCGGCUCCCUCCGCCCCUGCCACACCGACGGCCUCAGCGUCAUCCAGGUCCUCCCAUACUCACUCGCGUGACUAUGCCAAGCCCUGGCUGGUACACAGUAAAACUCCAACGCCAACCAAGUGCCACUGCUGCCCAGAUCUCGGCCACACCACUCCUGGGCACGAGGGGGCCACGUCAGGGUCCAAACUAAAGAGGCCGACGUUCCACUCGAGUCGAGGCUCGCUGACCGGAGAGAACGGAGGAACGCCGCACACCAGCAAACCAUCGCGAACAGAUCCAAAGCGAGGGGCGUCCACCGUCAGUGGUCCGACCAGCCGAGCCGGCAGCCGGGCCGGCAGCAGAGCCAGCAGUCGGCGUGGCAGCGACGCCUCAGACGCGUCGGAGCUACAGGACGCUCGCUCCGUCUGCUCCGACGCCUCGGACACCCCACGACGACCUGGCGGAGCUAAACCCUCCAAGAUCCCCACCAUCUCCAAAAAGGCCCCGAGCCCAAAGACCACAGGGUCCGCGAGGAAAUAACACCAGCCACAACAACACACGGCGGCCACUUUGGGCGUACCAGCUCUUCAAUCUGAAGUCCAUCCGUUAGGGCUCGUAAUUGUGCACUAUGACUGACAUUUUCCAGGGGAAAGAAGGAGAUGGACAGGAGGAGUGAAUCUCCCUCUCACUCUUUCCCCUCGGUCUCGUAAACGGACUGUAAACAUGCACAAGAGGAGCAGAGUUCUGGCUCCGGCAGUCCCAGAUCAGAGUCUGUGGGGGUCGAGAGUGACGUUUAACCCCUUUAAGAAGCGACCCCCGUUUUGCCUUCCAGUGUCCUGCUUCGUCUUUCAAACGUUCCCCACCGGCGAGGAACCGAAAACCACCGACGGACUUGACGUGAUGCUGCCUUACUUUGUGUUACUUCUUCUGUCCCGAUCGGACAGAGCAUCCGAGAAAGUCUUUAUACCGACACACACACACACACAUCUUGUAAAGGAGUGGGAUGCACCACCACCACCACCGUCACCACGGCAACAGAAAAAGAACGAUCUGUGGGUUAUUAUUUUGGCUUGUGGGCCAGAUGCCUCAACGAUGAGCUGAAAAAGAAAAUAUGCAACGACUGCCAUGUCGCUUCCUCCUGAGAGAGAGAGAGACAGAAAAAAAAAAAAGGUCAUUUCAGCAGAUCUGCAGACAGACAACCAGUGUGGAGAGCUCAGGACACGCACACACACACACACACACACACACACACCGGCUAACCUCAGACUCGGAGGAUCGGUGGUGGUGGUAGACGGUGGCAGCGGCGGUCACUGCUGCAGCUGAGGGCAAACAGUCACACACUCAAACACCGCAGAGCAGACUCCCUCCCGACUGCUGGAACGUUAAGAUCAGCCUGUGUGUGCGUGUGUGUGUGCGUGUGUGUGUGCGUGCAUUUAAAUCCCGACACACAGAAAUCACAAACCGGCAAGAGGAAGGACUAUUUUUACGGCGACACACACAACUAACAGCACAUCAGUGACAAUAUUCGACGUUCAUGACAACCAGCAUGCACUAAUCGUCUCUGUUCUCUGCAGUUAAUGUCUGACACUGUGUUGCCCUUUAACAACCCAGCAGCACACACACUCACACACACACUCACACACACACACACACAUGGUAGUGUGUGUCAUUGUUACAGGAAAUGUUAAAGAGGUUUUUGACUUGAGUCACUGUAUGCAAAGAUUUUAAUUUGCAAAAACGUCUUUUUCUUCCUUCUCGUUGUUUUCUGGUUAAUUUAUAAUCCAGCUGUAUUUUUGUUUUCUAGCUUGAGAAAGAAAAAAAAAUCUAUUUAUUUUUCAGUUUCACGUCAUAUCAGCGUCAUUGGUGGAGAGUGAUUUUAGUAUUAUGGUUAAAGAAAUUGUGAUUUUUUUUUUUUUUUUUACGGCUCCGCUCUUCGACAUGGUUUGUGUGUAAAGUGUGUUUCUACUUCAUCGUAACAUUUUCCAGGUCGCUGCCUUCGUUUGUUCAUUUCUUCUCUCUUUUUGCUAAUGACUACAAUUCCCAGAUCAUGACCAAAGGGGUUUGCCCUUCAUGUGUAGAGAGAACUACAAAUAUGAAUGACAGGAGACCUUGGUGCAGAGUGGACCAAUGAGAGCAGGUGUCUUCCCUCAUGUCCCUCCUCCGCCCGGUGUCUCUUCUUCUUCUAGGCUUUUUUUCAAAUGUCCCGUCGUCGACGGGGCCGAGUUGUCUCUGUGUUAUCUCAGUGUGAGAGAUGAAGUUUAUGAUAAACUAAUGACAUUACAGUAAGACAGAAAGAAGACAUCUUAAGGUGAUUUUUAUUUAUUUAUUGUCUCUCUGAGGGAGUCUCGGACUCGGGAGGUGCAGCAGGAGGAGUCCGCCACCUUUUGAUGCUGUGCUCCUCUCAGUGUGAUGAUGAGAACAUGGAGGAGCGUUAACUGUGUAAAAGUAAAAACUAAAAUUAUAAACAAUUUUUUGUUCUGUUUUUGUAUUAAAAAUAUGCUUGCAGUAAAA